AUGAAGCGCCGGACCGCGGCAAUUGGCGCGGCGCUGGGGCCGGAGGUCGCCCAGACGCCAGAGAUGAGUCCGCGCGCCGCGACGCUGCUGCUGCUGGCGGGACUGGCGGGGCUGGCGGGGCUGGCGGGGCUGGCGGGGCUGGCGGGAGCCGCCUCGCACGACCCCGAGGGCGCGCCGCUGCUGCUGUCGCCGCUGCUGGCGGCGGGGCGCGGGGCGCAGGCCCGGGAACUGGCCCGGGUGCGCGGCGGGCCCUUCCCCGCGCACGUGGCCAGCUACAGCGGCUUCCUCACCGUGCAGCCGCGCUUCCGCUCCCACCUCUUCUUCUGGUUCUUCCCCGCGCAGACCGGCUACCCGGAGGCGCCGGUCAUCGUGUGGCUGCAAGGCGGGCCCGGACAGCCCUCGCUGAUCGGCGUGUUCAUGGAGGUGGGGCCCUUCCUCGUGGCCCCCGACGGCGAGUCCCUGGAGGACAACCCGCACUCGUGGCACCGCAACUACUCGCUGCUCUUCAUCGACAACCCGGUGGGGGCAGGUUUCAGCUUCACGGAGGACGAGCGGGGCUACGCGCGCAACCAGAACCAGGUGGCGCAGGGCCUCUACAGCGCCGUGCUGCAGUUCCUCGCGCUGUUCCCGGAGCUGCAGCAGAGCCGCCUCUACGUGGCCGGCGAGUCGUACGGAGGGAAGCACGCCAUUUCGCUCGCUCACUACAUACACAAAGGAAAUCCUUCCGCAAACAUCACCGUUAACUUGAAAGGUCUGCUCAUCGUGAGCGGGUUCGUGGACCCGGUGAGCUGCCUGCACUACAGCGACUUCCUGUACCAGGUGGGGCUGGUGGACUUCCGGCAGCGCGGCGAGAUGCGCGCCAAGGAGAAGGAGGGGCGGGAGCUGAUCCGCCGGGGGCGGUACCACGAGGCCCUGCGCCUGUCGGACGAGGUGCUGGCCAGCUACAUGGAGGCCAGCGGCAUGCCCCAGGCCGAGAACUUCGCGCUGCGCCACACGCAGCCCUGGGACUCGGGCGCCCGCUACGCGCGCCUCGUGCAGCGCGCCGACGCCAGGCGAGCCCUGCACGUGGGCGCCCUCGUGCCCACGCUGGACGUGUCCCUCAGGGUGUACCACGCGCUCGGCCGCGACCAGAUGCGCUCGGCGCGACCCUGGCUCGAGGCGCUGCUCGACGCGGGGUACCGCGUCGCCAGCUUCAGCGGCCAGCUCGACGUGAUCGUGGCGUACCCGCUGGCCGAGCGCAUGUACCGCGCGCUGAGGUUCGCCGCGGCGGAGGAGUACCGCCGGGCGGAGCGGCGGCCGUGGUACGUGGGCGGCGAGCUGGCCGGGUACUGCAAGACGGCGGGCAACUUCACCGAGGUGCUGGUGCGCGGCGCGGGCCACAUGGUGCCCUUGGACCGGCCCGGCUGGACGCUGGCCUUCGUGCACCGGGUCAUCGCCGAGGCCCGCGACUAGAGACCACCUCGUCGUAUCUACCAGCUGUCACUAGGGUUACUGUCUGGUUUGUUCUGACAAGUUAACAUAACAAACCUAUACAUUUUCCAUACAGACAACAAUUACAAUGUGUGUAGUUUGAUUAAUAUAUCAUUAAAAUGAUUUGUGAAUUGUAA